AUGGCCACGGCUCGUUCAGUGGCAAUAAUUGGUGGCGGAAUCGGUGGUUUGACUGCUGCUAAUGCUUUAAAACACAUAGGAAUGUCCGUCUCAUUAUAUGAACGUGCGCCUUAUUUUAUUCCAACAAUCGGAGCAGCAUUUGGUCUUCAACCUAAUGGACAAAUGUCGCUUGCACAUAUUGGUUUCAAAGAUCAAAUCCAAAAAAUUAUUCAUCCUUUUCAUAGAUGGCAAGUUAUUAAUGACAAUGGUGAAGUAGUAGCUGCAGCUGAUAAACUAGCUGAAUAUGGAAAACGAUUUGGUUAUUUUAUGGGUGGUGCUCUUCGUUCUGAACUUGUUGAUGUAUUAAAAGAGCCUCUAGAAAAGAAUGGUAUAUUAUAUUAUUCUCAUAAUAUGAUUGAUAUUAAACAAGACAACGAUGGUGUUACCAUUUCAUUUGACAAUGAAAAACAACAAAAACCAGUUCGAGUUGAUAUGGUUGUUGGUGCAGAUGGUAUACGUUCAACAGUUGUUAAACAAAUCUUUACUCAAACAGCUUCAGCAAUACAUUCAAAAGAAAAUAUUUUCUAUGGUAUGAUUGAUAAUAUUGAUCAACAAACAUCUCUUAAUCCAAUAAUAACAGCAAAAAAUACAUUAACACAAUAUUUUAAUCAUGGAGAAUUUCUUAGUUAUCGAGCUGGUAAUACUGGACAAUUAAUGUGGGCUACUACAUAUCCAUCAGUUACACCUCCAUCAGUAAGUGAUGAUGCUGAAUGGACAAAAAUGAAUAGUCAACGUGAAUUAAAUCAAGUGUUAACAAGAUUUCCUCAAUCACAUCCUGUUCAUCAAUGUGCAGCCGCAACAGAUAAAAAACGUAUACUUCAUUUUGGCUUAUAUUAUCGUCAACAUCUUAGUGAUGGUUGGCAUCGUAAUAGAAUUUGUUUAUUAGGAGAUUCAUGUCAUGCAACAUUACCUUAUGUUGGACAAGGAGCAAAUAUGGCAAUUGAAGAUGCUAUAUCACUUGCAAUGUGUUUAAAAAAAUAUAAUUUUCAAAUGGAACCAGCAUUUCAAGAAUACUACAAAAACCGUUUUAAUCGAACAAAACGUGUUGUAAAUAUGGCACGUUAUAUGGGUUUAUUUUUUCAUUCAGAAAAUCCGAUUAUUCACUCAAUACGAGAACGUUUGGUACCAUGGCUCAUGAACUCUGAUAAGAUCAUGACAAUGAUCGAAAAAGAAUUAUAUGAAAAUUGUCCUGUUUCUACGAAAGAGAAGAAUAUCAUUAAAUAG